GGGCGCUUUCAAGGAUCAUUUUGCAACAUGUACUUUUUCUGUGACAAACAGCUACUUGAGAGGGAUCGCUGCAGAUCGGCAAACAGACAAAACAACUGGGUCUUUGUGCAAAACCAUUGGCUUCUGGAAGACAUUUCUAUCAUCUAUAGAAGACUGUCUUAAGGAUUUGCCCACAGAAAAGCAAAAAUCAUGUACCAGGUGGUACCAGGUGGAGCAGGGGGCACAAUUACAGAGGUUCUCCCCAAGCAGAAACUUAGCAAAGACACUCGUCCAUUAGUUGGAGCUGGAGUCAUUGGCCUGGUGCUGGUGAUUGCCGCGGUCACUGCAUGGUGCUAUUACAUCGCCUCCCUACGAAAAGCUGAGCUCCUGAAGACACAACUUUUGGAUCUAAAUAAAGAUGGCUACAUUAUCCGCAACCAAGGAGGGUCAAUUGUUUUUCGCAUGGAUUUCAGGUCAGGGACCCUGGAUUUGGAUUCAUGCACCAAAGAGGGGGAGAUUCUGAGCUGUGAACGUACCACGGAUAGAAAACUUAACUUUUUCAUUGAAACAGUGCGACCCAAGGACACGGUGCAGUGCUAUCGUGUGCGCUGGGAGGAACUUGUUCCUGACAUUGCAGUUGAGCAUGCCAUGACAUACAAAUUUGCACAUUGGUAUGGUGGUGCUAUAUCAGCAAUUCAGCACUGGCCUAUAUCCAUCUCUGGCCAACAGGCUCCUAAACCAUUUGUCACUAGUAACAUCUACUCAAACCGCAAUGAAUUUGGUGGAAUUUUGGAGAGUUAUUGGCUUUCAUCCAAUGCUACAGCCAUCAAAAUUAACAAUUCUGUGCCUUUUCACCUCGGAUGGAAUGACACAGAAAAGACUAUGUAUUUCCAGGCACGAUACAAUGACAGUCCCUUCAAGCCAAAUCCAUGGGAGACUCCAUGUGCAGAGCUUAGCUACAGAGUGUGCGUCGGACUAGACGUAACUUCCAUCCAUAAGUACAUGGUCCGGAGAUACUUCAACAAACCAAACAAAGUCCCUGCCAAGGCCAUGUUUCAGCAUCCUAUUUGGUCCACUUGGGCACUACAUAAAACUGAUAUUGACCAAGAGAAAUUCUUAACAUAUGCUGCCAACAUUCGUAAGUAUGGCUUCAAUUGUAGUCAUCUAGAACUAGACGACCGCUACACUAGGCACUAUGGCGACUUUGAUUUUGAUCCAGCAAAGUUUCCCAAUGCUUCCGCCAUGUUUCAAAAGCUGAAAACAGAUGGCUUUCUGACGUCACUCUGGAUUCACCCUUUUGUUAAUUAUGACUCAAAGAACUUCCAUACCUGUGUAGAAAUGGGGCUAUUUGUCUGUGAGCCUACAGGCCAGCUGCCAGCUUUGGUGCGCUGGUGGAAUGGUAUUGGAGGCAUUUUGGACUUCACAAAUGCAGAGGCUCGUGAUUGGUUUUCCUACCAACUACGUUCACUGCGUGCUAGGUAUGGUAUCUCUUCUUUUAAAUUUGAUGCAGGUGAGACAAAUUACUUACCUUGGAAAUUCAGCACCAGCGUUCCUAUUCGUGACCCGAGCACUUUUACAAGACGUUACACAGAGAUGGCUAUUCCUUACAAUGAUAGAGCAGAAUUGCGUAGUGGCUACCAAUCUCAGAACAUAUCCUGCUUCUUUAGACCUAUUGACCGGGACUCUGUGUGGGGCUAUGAGCUGGGUCUCAAAUCACUUAUUCCCACAGUGCUCACCAUCAGCAUUCUUGGCUACCAGUUUAUUCUUCCAGACAUGAUUGGAGGGAAUGCCUAUUUGAACCACGAAGAUGGGAGUAGUGCUUUGCCUGAUCGGGAGCUCUAUAUCCGCUGGCUGGAACUGUCAGCUUUCAUGCCGUCCAUGCAGUUUUCUAUUCCGCCAUGGGAAUACGACAAUGAGGUGGUUGAAAUUGCUCGGAAAUACACAGCUCUUCACGAGAGCAUUGUUACACCACGAGUACUGGAGCUGGCUAGUGAGGUGUUGAACACUGGAGAUCCAAUCAUACGGCCCCUGUGGUGGAUUGCCACAGGUGAUGAGACUGCCUAUAAAAUUGACUCCCAAUUCCUCAUUGGCGAUGACCUAAUGGUAGCACCGGUACUGGAGCGCGGAAAGCAGGAACGUGAUAUAUACCUGCCUGCUGGCCGCUGGCGAAGCUACAAGGGGGAGAGAUUUGACAUAAAGGAGCCUCUACAUCUCACAGACUACCCUGUUGACCUGGAUGAAAUAGCUUAUUUUCUAUGGGUGUAAUUAGGGAGGGAGUCUAAAAAUGAACCAGCUUGAGUAACUCUUACAUCAAUGUCCUUGUGAAAACAAGCUUAACAUAUUUUCUUUUGUGCUUUACUAUUAGAAAUCCAUAAAAGAGACUGUAAUACAAUCUAAUUGAAAAACGUAUGUGAAACAGAAUAGGAAGACUUUUUAAAACAUUUAAAACUGUUGAAAUUGGUAGGUACAGUCCUCCAUAAAUGUUCAAGUGGGAUUUUUUUUUUCUCAACAAAUCUUAGUUUUUAACCAAAUGGCAUUGUUUUUGUUUUCAUUAUUUUAUUUUAUUUUAUUUUGUUUUAUUUUGUGCAGUCCAAGUUAUUUCCGGGACACUGUUUUAUGCUUGAGCUCGUAUGAAGGCCUGUUUAAAUCACAGGCCUCAAACUGGUUCAAAAAAGGGCCAAAAGGUUUCACGUUUUCAGUGCAAUGGAAGACUCCAAGGUGACUUAUUUUAUUAAAAACCAACACCACUUUGCACAGACGGGAGGAGUUAAUUACUGAAAUCUCCUGUUGAUGUAGUGUAGUUGGUAAAAUAAAUGAAAACCUACACCCUC